AUGGAUGUGACUUUGUUAGGUCCUUUGAAUUUUGACUAUACAAGGUCUAGAGGGAGCAAGCCAGUGCUAGUGUUGAACCCAUUUUCAUGGACAAAGGUUUCAAAUGUCAUAUACUUGGACACACCUGUUGGUGCUGGAUUUUCAUAUGCAAAAAAUUCUGAUGCCUACAAAACAAGUGAUACAUUAUCAUCAAAACAUGUCCAUGAUUUUCUCAGAAAGUGGGUAAGGGAUCAUCCGAGAUUCAUCAACAAUCCCCUGUACAUUGCUGGUGUAUCCUACUCUGGCAUAGUUGUUCCAAUUAUUGCUCAAGAGAUUUACAAUGGUAAUGAAGCUGGGAAUAAACCGCAUCUUAACAUUAAUGGAUACAUUAUCGGAAAUCCUCUAACCGAUAGAGAUACAGACUUCAACUCCAGGAUCCCAUAUGCCAAUCGAUUUGCACUUCUAUCUGAUCCACUUUUCCAGUCUGCGAAAGAAAAUUGUUUGGGUGACUACUUGAAUCCUGCAAAUUCAUUAUGUGCUAGAGACCUUAGCGAAGUGGACGAGUGCCUCAUGUUUAUAAACGCUUACAACAUAUUAGAACCUAGUUGUGGUUCAUUUGAGGGUACUCGCGGAGCUUCAAGCCCCCUGCGAUUGCUUCAACUGCAGCAGACAGGGUGUCGAGUAAUUAUUUAUCUUUCUGUAGUCGCAGAAUGA